UCUCAAACCAAUUCAUUGCUAUUCUGUUUCCUGUCUUCGUUUUAUUCUGCAGUUCAGAUUCUGUCUGUUCAUAGUGAACUUGGUCGCUUUUUCGCAAUAUGUUUUGUCCCUGAAUCUAGUGUGUUACUGUUAAUUGAUAGCAGUAAAGGGUGCAUUGUAGAAACUAGAGAGACCGAAAAACAAAGAAGGGCUAACAAUGUCGUUUAUGAAAGGAAAUUUGCUUUCUCGAACGAGAAAGCUCGUCAAGGGGUUAGCCAAGGCUGAACCUGUGUGGCUCAAAGCCAUGGAACAGGCACCGCCAGCAACGUUUCCGCGACCUGAGGGGAAAAUUCCGACCAUCACGCUUCCUGAAGAUGUUUAUGUAAAGAGAUUUUAUAAAAAAUAUCCAGAAUCUAAAUACCAUGAUCCCAUCAAGUUUAAUGCUAUCGAUCCCCCUCCAUCUCGUUUAUUCGCCUUAAGGGUUCUUGAGUUGAAAGAGCAAGGCAUUAUUGAGGAAGAAGCAAUGGAAGUAGCAGAUAUGGAAUAUCUAGCAGAGAAAAAGGCAAAGAAGAAAGCAUAUGCUCGCCUGAAGCAAAUUGCGCGCCUCCAAGGAAAGAGACUACCUCCAAACCCAUAUCCUUGUCCUAUCAAGGAGAUCCAAGCUGAGGAGAGGAAAUACGUCCGCGAUCGAUUCUUCAAUCCCAAGAUACUUGAAAUUGUGAAACAAAAGAAAGAGGAAUCCAUGCAGAGAUUCGGAAGAGGCGAUUGGUGAUUUUUAUAGGGUAAAAUUAGAGCCAUUAUAUUGAAUCUUUGCCUCUUGAGCAAAUAAUAUGCGACAGCCUAUUACAAAAAAGUGCAUACUUCUGUUCUAAGAUUAAGUAUUUGUUAUUUAUUUUUUUCUGAAAAACUCUAUUAGAAAUUUUGGCCAAAAUUUCAUGCUAGUAGUGCACUUUGUUUUGUUGUCAAUUUUGAUACAAAUUUUGCUGCCAUUUUGGAUUUUCACAAACCUUGAAUCUUUAAUUAUGAAUUUCUCACUGUAAA